AUUUCUACAACCUGGUUACCAUGAAUUCACUACGAAUCAUCUAUUCAACUCACCAUUUACCCUUACGGACCCUUGUCAGUCGAUCUAUUUCUACAAAAACAAAUGAUAUUUCACAACCUGUUACUGAAGAUAUGAUUGGUACACCUGAUCCUAUAUCUAAUUUACGACCUGUAAAAUAUUUUAUUUCUCCUACAGAAUCAACAGAGGAAAAAGAAUGGCGAUUACUCCAACAAAAAGUUGAUGAUUUCAAUCAAACUUUUUGGACCAAUAAUAAUACCAUGUUUUCAAAAGCAAAGGAAGAAUAUGAACAACAAUUACUGGCCAAUGGACAAGAAGUGACAGCGGAAGCACUUUCUGUUUUUUACAAGGAUUUUUUAGACAAGGCAUAUGAUCGACAAAUGGAAUAUAAUAAGGCUUGGUGGAAAAUGAAUAUAUCUAUGUUAUAUCCUGGAUUCAAGGCUACAAUUCGAAAUAUCAAGAAACUUCGAGUGGAAACUACAAGGGAAACAGGAUUUUGGGACAAAAGCUUUGAUUCUUAGAAAUUAGAUAUAAUUUAUGAUAUAUAUAUAUUUCAUUCCAUCAUUCCCUAUAUACAAUACUUUUCAUCCAUUCAUGUUCAUCUCUUUCAUUAC